AUGAAUUGGAAUAUCUAGCCAAGUUCCUUAAAAAAUAAUAUAGUAAACCAGGCUGAAAUCAACGACGAGGUUAUAAUCAUAAUUUUUUACAGAAGCCUAUUUUUUGAUUUGAUUGCAAGAUAGUUGGAGAAUAUCUCAGCAUAAUCAAAAAUUAUCAGAAUAUGUAUGGUUAAGCAGAGUGACAUGAUGCUUGUGGUCUGUGUAAGAGUAGUUACUCUUAAAUUCUAUAAUAUUGUAGCCUUAUCUUACUGGAUAUACUAUACGCAAAAUACUUCUUCGCUAAAAGCCACCAUCAAUAGAAACAAGAUGUUUGCGAAUAUCGCAAGUAUUGAGAACACGAUGAGAUUUUUCUUUGCAUCUUUCUCUGGAUUUGAUUAAUGCACUGGUUCAUCUUAGAGGUGA